UCCCUUGCGUUACAUAUUGUACUAUAUUGUUAUCCUGUUUAAACAUAUGUUAUUUUGUCUCAGUGUCUCCUGUUGUUUUACCUGGACCUCUCUUCUGGACCUUGGCUUCCUCAGCUCCACCAACCACUUCCACAGGUCGAUGCACAAUCUCCUCAUUCAUUGCACUCUCUGUUACCUUCCCAGUCAACCGGAUCUCCACCUUGACCAGCCCAGGAGUGUCUCCUUCCCUCGCAGCCCAGCCACAUCACUCCAUGGACAAUAACCCCUCCACUACUGUUGGUCAUCACCCGGUGAUAUUCAUUCAUUCCAUACUUGUACAUAAUUAUUGCACCUCUGUCAGCACUGUAAAUAAACCCACUACUUGCACCGAAGCCAGCCGCCUGGGUCCGUUUAUUCUCUGCUCGCUCACACUAGUGUCAAGCGGUCGUAACAAAAUCAUAUGGGGUAUUUGAGGAUGACUCGGAGCUGCAGAACAGGUAUGACACAUCUUGGAAGGUAGAAGUGAAAAAACAUGGCGAUUUUAGGGAGGUUUUAGUACUGGCUACAUUCUUGGAUCAUUCUUGCCUUAACCACUGGAUCAGAAAGCGGUGGUGUUUGGGGAGAAAAAUACAAUUUAUGAACAUGUGUUUUGAUGUACAGCUUGUUUAAAACUGACUAAAUCACCAGUGGCAUCACAAAAUGCAGGUGUUGUGUUGGAUAAAAACAUCUGGGGCAAAGUUAAUCACUCUGAAAAUGUAGCUGCAUGUAAAUGCUUUGUAAAAUUUGCAGAUGAGGAUUGAAUGAUUUGAAAAUCCUGUGUUUUAUGUCAGGAUGUGGCCAGUGCCAGUGCACCUGCGGGACGUGAAAGACCUCCACUUCAACCUUCCUUUCUGGGAUCCCAGAGUCAGUCCCAGAGACCGUGACCACUUAAUGCCCAUCAUCACCCCGACAUACCCACAGGUCAACACCACCUACAACAUUUGUCACUCCACCUUCAACGUUAUAACGGAGGAGAUCAAACGAGGUCAUGUCAUUGCUGAAGAAAUACAGGUGAACAAAGCAGACUGGUCCAAAUUAUUUGAGACACCAGACUUCUCUGAAAAGUACCAGCACUAUGUUCUGCUGCGGGCGACUCCGGCUACAGAAGAGCAGCAUCUUCAGUGGGCUGGCUUUGUGGAGUCUAAAAUCAGACAUCUGGAGAGAAAUGUGCACAUUUCCCUGGCCCAUGCUAACAGGUGGCCAUCCCCUGGACCUGGGCAGGCCAAUAACAAAGAGGAAAUAAGCUCAGAAUGGCUGACUGGACUUUUGCUGAGUUCAAAUUGGUCUAAAAACUGGAAAACAGACCUCACCCCCCUCUUCAAUAACUUCAGCAAUACAGUUGUCAGCGCUGCAGCAACCUAUAACGUAUUUGAAGAGGGGAUGACCAUAUCAGCCAAAUACACAAAGAAAGAAGAUCUCAGCUGGCAGAUGCCCAGGGAUAAAUGCAAACUGGCUUUCAGUCCAGAACAGAAGGCACCAGUGAGUCAGCAAAAUCACACACCGCUGUUUGUCGGUGGCAGACAAACAGGGACAAAAAGAAAACAUGAGGAUCAAGAUGAAAGACCAGCCAAGAAGCUGAAAGCUGACAAGGAAUCAGCGUCUGUAACAAUCAGCUCAUCUCGCUCUGCCGAGGCCUCUUCAGCCGUUAUGUUCAGCCCCAGCAUGAACCCACCACUAAACAAAAGACCACGCUCACCAGAGCGUGAGUUGUCGCCUAAUGGGCCUGGUGCUGUUAAGAAAUGUGCCAUCAAACUUCAGCGCACCAUGUACGUCACAGAAUUAUCUUUAGUUCUCUCUAGCUGGCACACACUGCUACUCUCUCUCCUGAUAUGACAGACAUCCACACACACAUGUUGAGAUCCAUAUAAGGCCACUUCCAAGACAGACUGAUUGAGCUGGGUGUAUUUUACACCUUUUCACCACAAGAGGGCGGUGAAGCCUUUCUGCUGGUCUCUACCUCAGUCAGUAGCAAAAAAAUGGGUACACACUAUAGACAAACUGUUAAAGACUAGUAACUUGGUGACACCAAACUCUGAUGCAGAUUAUAGUUAAGGGAGCAUCUUUAC